AUGGCUACUCCGGUCGCGCCAUCCGACCCGCUCGAUAAAGCACUGAUCGUUGACGUUGAUCAAUGGAUCGAGCAGUUGUAUGAGUGCAAACCACUCUCAGAGAAUCAGGUGAAGACCCUGUGCGAAAAGGUAAAACUUUAAAAUUCGAGUAAACAUAAAAUAGUUGUGUUUAGGCUAAAGAAAUUCUGGAGAAGGAGCCGAAUGUGCAGGAAGUGCGGUGCCCAGUUACCGUGUGUGGAGACGUGCACGGUCAGUUCCACGAUUUGAUGGAGCUGUUCAAAAUGGGAGGAAAGAGUCCGGACACUAACUACUUGUUCAUGGGAGACUACGUCGACAGAGGCUAUUACUCUGUGGAAACCGUCAGUCUGCUCGUCUGCUUGAAGGUAAACGCGCGAGAAAUGCUUAUAAUUACACGUUGUGCAUGUUUUUCAGAUCCGCUACAAGGACCGAGUCACACUCCUCCGCGGAAAUCACGAGUCGCGCCAAAUCACUCAGGUUUGUAGUCCAUACUCUAUAAUUCUCAAUUCCACAUUUUGCAGGUCUACGGGUUUUACGACGAGUGCUUGAGGAAGUACGGAAACUCGAACGUCUGGAAGUACUUCACUGAUCUCUUCGACUGCUUCCCACUCACCGCUCUCGUCGACGGACAAAUCUUCUGUCUGCACGGAGGACUCUCGCCGUCCAUCGACACUCUUGAUCAUAUCAGAGCUCUCGAUCGUAUCCAGGAGGUGAGUAUUUCCUGAAUUGGAAACCGAAUAAUAAUAAUAAUAAUGUUUUAGGUGCCACACGAGGGACCGAUGUGCGAUCUGCUCUGGUCCGACCCAGACGACAGAGGAGGCUGGGGAAUCUCUCCGCGUGGAGCCGGAUACACAUUCGGUCAGGACAUUUCGGAAACGUUCAAUCAUUCAAACGGACUCACGCUCAUCUCUCGGGCCCAUCAACUCGUCAUGGAGGUUGGUCCCUGCUCUCGAAGAGAAAGCCAAUUCACUCUUCGACCUUAUUGAACCCAAUUUUAAUUGUUCAGGGAUACAACUGGAGUCACGACCGCAACGUUGUAACAGUUUUCUCCGCUCCGAACUACUGUUAUCGAUGCGGAAACCAGGCGGCGAUGGUGGAGCUGGACGACGAUCUCAAGUACUCGUUCCUUCAGUUCGACCCUGCUCCGCGAAGAGGCGAGCCCCACGUGACCCGUAGAACACCCGACUACUUCCUGUAG